AGAUCUCCCAAAUUGACGCAGAGCUCGACCUCAUUGCUCUUUGCUUCUCAUGUAAGGCUGCUCGACGGUCUUGAAACGCGGCAUUUAACAUCAAGACGCGACUCGGCGAACAGUAUAUGAGUGUAUGCGAUCGCUUCUGCCUUCUUGAGUAUCAAUAGGCAACCUUCAAUAUGCGUAUCACACGAUGUCUGUACGCUUCUGCGCAUGCUCGCGCUUCAAGCCUUGCAUGGCCCUCUACACCUACUCCAUCGCCAUACGAAAUAUUCCACAUUGAAAGGACGGCGUCGACGCGGGAGGUGAAGCAGCGCUACUAUGAGCUCGUCAAGCUUUAUCAUCCAGACAAGCUCGAUAGCAAGGAACCAGCUGAAGCCAUGGCCUUGGCGAAUGAACGCUUUCGCAAGAUUGUUGCAGCCAAUACGUUACUGUUGGAUGCGAAUAAGAGGCAUGCCUUUGAUCAUUACGGGCUGGGUUGGUCUCGGCCAGGAUCGGGAAGCACGACGGGAGGCAUAUACAGGAAUGGUGAUGGGCGUAUCUAUGCAGGCCACACGAUGGGAUCUCGUUUCAACAGGUACAACAGACGAACCACGCACGAAGAAACUGGCCCUUGGGAUGGCUUUUACUACAGCCACGGUACAAGUGCACACAAAGGUGAAGAUGUACGCAUCACGUCCAAUGCCAACAUGAUUGGCUUUCUUGUCUUUCUCAGUGCCAUUGGUGCUGUCGUCCAGGCGUAUCGCCUUGGUCGAGCGAGUGCAGAGAUCAAUGAACGCGCGGAAAAGGCACAUCUCAUCACAGCGCGCGAUCUGGCGGAAAGCAGACGGCUUGCGCGAGACUUGGAUAGGGAUGAGCGAAGGCGGUUGUUCCUCGUGCAACGGUCCCACGAUGCAGCCCUCGGCAGAGGUUCCAAUGCUCAAGACUCUGCUUCCUCUGUCGACUAGUCUCUUUCUUUUCAAUGUCUCUAUUAGCGUUGGCAAUUUCAUACUCGUAUCUCGUGUCAUUACAAACUUGAUGCUUCCAUGCUCUAUAGCGACCAGAUGGAGACUGUGCCAUCACUGCGUCCACCCAGCAAAGUCGAUUCCUUGAAUCUGACAACAGAAACGACGGAGUCAUUUGGAUCCUCUUCACCACAAGGCCAAUGCCGGCCUUCCACUCGAUCGUACACCCGUGCAGUGCGUUCACCAGCCGCAGUGACAAUCUUGCGCCGAUCAAAGCACAAAUCUUGAAUGCCCUUUUCAUACGCAUACGCAUCAUGAAUCGUUCCUGUGCGUAAAUCCCAUAUCCGCACACUUCGAUCCAAACUACCACUCACAAGAUGGAUGUCGUCGAAUUGAAGACACGUCACAGGACCCGUAUGACCUUGUAAUUCCCUUGCCACUUGCCCUGUUCUCAA